AUGGGCUUGGCAAGAUCACGGUCCGUUGUCAAGCUGCACGUGAAUGGGGAACGAGUGCUGAUAAAAACAAAUAGAACUGUUACAUUAACAGUAGCCCUCGCAACCCUCACCUCCAACAUCCUUUCCUCUUUACUGUUCGCGCAGCUCCCAGAUGAUCCGUACCAUCUAGCCUCCAACUUUGGCGUGUAUCUGCAUUUUGCGAAUAUUCUGAGUGUAUUUGGAUUUAUUGGUGCACUGAGACAACACGCCCUCAGCAUAUCUUUCUUCUCAACCUACCUCCUCCUCGACACCAUCCUCUGCGCCGUCCCCCGCCUCCUCCUUCUCUCCCUCCUGCACCCGCUCUCCACCACAUUCUGCACCCCCUCUUCCGUACCAUCCUACGCCACCCCCCUCAUCUUCACCGCUCAAACCCCUCCUUCUCCCUCACCCCACACUGCCUCGACCUCCACUGCAGCAUUCCAACAAGAGCCUUUCGAUACAAGCAUAACCUGGAAAUGGACCGAGGAAGACUGCUAUAGGGUUGUAGGUCUGGCGCAGCUUGCGCUUGCUGCAGGCGUGGUUGCUGCUUGUUGUCUGCAGGGUGUAGGCGCGCUUUGUGUGCGGGAGUAUGCGAGAAUGCUUUGGAGGGAGGAGGGCAGGGCCUUGGGAAGACAGGAGGGAGGGCUGAUUGUUUUUGAGGAUAGGGAGACGGGGCAUGAGAAAUGUUGA